AUGUCUAUAUUCCCUCAGAUUCUUUCUUCGUCUUCUCUUCCUCAAAUUAUUCCUUCAUCCUCUCUUUCUCCUUCUUUCCCUCCUCUACUUUUCUAUUCCUUUUUCUCCCCUUUCGCUUUGUUUCUUCCCCGCCCCUACUGGUCUAUUACUUUUUUUUCUAUAUCCUUUUUUUCUUCUUGGAAACAUCUGUUCCUUCUCUGUUCCUAUUCUUUCUUUCUUUCUUUAUUAUUCCCCUUAUUUUCCUUCUUCCUUUCCUCUCUUUCUCCGCCUUCUCAUUUCCCAACUCUUCUUUUAUUCUUAUUCCCCCUCUUCUAUUUCAUCUGUGUUCCUUCACCCCUUGCCCUCUUUAACCUUCUUCCUCUCUUUCUUCCAACUCUUCCAUUCCUCCUUCUUGUUUUUCUCCCUGUCUCUUUCUUCGUAUCCCCUUCUUCCAUUUCAUCUGUUCCUUCUCCCCUUCCUCUCUUUAACCUUCUUCAUCUCUUCUAUUCGUUCUUCUUCUCUCUAUACCUCGCUUCUAUUCCUUCUUUUCUUUAUCUUAGCCCCAUGCACCUUUCCUUUCCUUUCUUCCACUUUUUCUUCUUCUUUUCCCCUUCUUUUCCCCUUACAAAUUUUCUGUCCCUUCCUUCUCCCUUCCCUCUGUCUCUUUCUUUCUCUAGAUCAACCAUUUCGUCUCCUCCUCCUAUCUUUUCUUUGUCGUCUUAUUCUCUCCUUUCUGCACUUCAUUAUUUAAUCUUCUACUUCUCUUGCUUUCCCUCCUAUGUCGUAUUUGUCUUGCUUUCAUUCUUCUCCUUCUCAUCCUCCCCUUCUAUUUCACACUCUCUACUUCCUCUUUUUUUGUUUUCAGUUUCUAUUUCUCUUCAUCACUUCUUCAGUUUCCCACUCUUCUUCGUACACUUCUACUCCUUCUCCUCCUUUUUCUUCACCUUCAGCUCUUCCUUUUCCUCUUGUUUCAUUGUCUUUCUCUCUAAUGCCGCAUUCGUCAUGUUUUGCUCUUUCUACUUCUUCCCUUCUCCUCGUACUGCCCCCUUUCCUCCUACUUUUUCUAUUCCUCAUACUUUUUCUAUUCCUCAUAUAUUUCUCAUCAUACUCUUCCUCCUUUCACAUUUUCCACCCCCUCGCCUUCUGAUGCUCCUCUUCCCACUUCAUAUUUAUCCACUCCCUUCUCCUCCUUCGCCAUCUCAUUUACCUUUUUUUUUUCUUUCUUUAUAA